AUGAACGAUUCUCUCAACUUACAAGCAGAUGUCGCAAGAGCUAUCGAGCUGUUAGAUACGUUGCUCAAAUGUCCUGAUUUACAACCAGCAAAAUUGGCAUCUCUGCAAAGAAUUCUGCAGUCUGAUUUCUUUAAUAUGGUUCGAGAGGUUUAUGAACAUAUUUAUGACACGGUAGAUGUUGGUGGAUCGGAAGAAGUAAGAGCUAGUGCCACUGCUAAAGCAACGGUUGCCGCUUUUGCAGCCAGUGAAGGACAUGCCCAUCCUAGAGUUGUCGAACUUCCAAAAACCGACGAAGGGCUUGGUUUUAAUGUAAUGGGGGGUAAAGAACAGAAUUCUCCAAUCUACAUUAGUCGUAUUAUCCCUGGUGGCGUAGCUCAUCGUCAAGGUAAACUCAAACGCGGUGACCAGCUCCUCUCCGUUAAUGGUGUUUCUGUGGAGAACGAAAAUCAUGAAAAGGCAGUUGAACUACUGAAAUCUGCCCAAGAGUAA